AUGGUUAAUUGGAGGGCCAUGGAGAGUAUCUUGCAGGAGGUUGAGAUCCCUAGGAUAUUCAUAGACUGGAUCAUGGAUAGUGUGACUACUGUAUCAUACAAGUUUAAUGUCAAUUUGACUGACUUUAUGCAAGCAAAGAGAGGAAUCAGACAUGGAGAUCCUUUGCCACCCUUGCUCUUUGUGAUCAUCAUGGAGUAUAUGCAUAGAACUAUGCAAAAGAUGCAGCUGGAUACUAAUUUCAAACAUCAUGCCAACUGUAAAAAGCUAAAGCUGACUAAUUUGAUUUUUGCUGAUGAUGUCCUCCUUUUCUGCAGAGGAGAUCCCACCUCUGUAGAAAAGAUGCAGAAUGCCUUCAAAGCUUUCACUGAUUCCACAGGUCUGGUAGCUAAUCCCACCAAGAGCACAAUGUUUUGUGGUGGAGUUGACACUCAGAUGCAGCAAAGACUUCACACCAUUAGUGGCUUCAAGGAAGGUGUUUUCCCUGUAAAAUACCUUGGAGUUCCCCUUACCCACAAGAGGCUGAAUAUCCAGCACUACCUUCCUUUAAUUGACAAAAUUGUGGCUCGAAUUCAUCACUGGACUAGCAAGUUACUGACAUAUGCAGGUAGAGUCCAAUUGGUUAAAAGUAUAAUAGUUGCCAUUGCUCAGUAUUGGAUGAGUUGUUUUCCUCUUCUAAAAUUUGUUCUUAAGAAGAUUGAUAGUAUAUGUAGAAGCUUUAUUUGGACAGGGGAUGAACAUAGCAGGAAAAGCUCUGUGUCUUGGGACAUUAUGUGCAGGCCAUAUGCUCAAGGGGGUUUGCAGGUUAUUAAUCUACAGGUGUGGAAUAAAGUGUUGAUGCUUAAAUGUCUUUGGAACUUAUGUAGAUUGGCUGAGAAUCUUUGGGUCCAAUGA